CUGAUCUAUUCCACCGGUGCUGAGGGGAGACGCUCUCUCUCGCAAGUCUUCAUGUCCUUUCAUUUAUCGCGUGAUAAUAUUUUUAAUAGCUACUGUAUUUUCCGUUUGUUUUUAAAUCAAAGUGUUAGUAAAAUAUUCCCUGAGUAGGUAGAUAUGCAGAAGGGAGUAAAGAUGAAGAUUACAUCUGAUCAGAACACCGAUGAUUUUAUUCCAGGCGAUAUAGUGUUUGCUAAGAUGAAGGGUUAUCCUUUCUGGCCCGCCAGAAUUGGUGAAGGAAAAGCCCCAAGAAACAAGAUCCCCAUCUUCUUUUAUGGAACACACUCCACAACAUUUCUCUUCCCCAGAGACAUCGCCCCCUACUGGCCAAACAAAGAGAAGUACGGCCGGCCCAUCAAACGGGGCGGGUUCGAGGAGGGCAUGUGGGAGAUCGAGAACGACCCGGGCGUGGGCCUCAGAGGUCAAAAGAAAGCCGCGCUGGUGAAACGACUGUCAGAGAGUCGACAGAGGCUGAAAGACAGAAAGAAGAAAGCGAAAAAUCAGAGCGAAGAAAAAACCAAGACUGGAUCCUGUGACGAUUCGGUGGCGAAGGCCAAUUCGUCGCCACUGAAAGCAGCUACGCCGCGCAGCAGAGAAACUCAAAGCAAAGCCAAGUCUGAAACUGUCAAGCCGACGGAUGAUAAAACGCCACUGAAAGCAGCGACGCCGCGCAGCAGAGAAACUCAAGGCAAAGCCAAGUCUGAAUCUGCCAAGUCGACGGAUGAUAAAACAACCGCAACCAGGUUGACGCGCUCCAAAUAUUCAACGGCAAAGAUCGUCACGCGCGACAAAAGACGAACGAAGGAAGUCGCGCCUGCGAGGAGAGGGACGUCGCUCAAGACAGUCGCGGCAGGGAGGAGGAUGUUGCCAUUCAGGAAGAACGUUUUAGCGAGACGAGCCAUUGUGGCAAAGACACUUUCCGCUCGCAGGAAACGCGUACUGAAUAGAAAAAUCAUUUCAACGGCAAAGGAACGGAUGGAUGCUAACAAUCGUCAAAAGCCCUUGAGGAUUACGCGCUCUACUGCAGAUCUGACUGAGACCACCGAUGACAUCACUGCCGCGCCGGUCAGGCCGCUCACUCUGAGACGCAAACGCUCGCUAACGAACUCUGAUAUGAAGGAAGACAUGCCCACUCUUCCUGUAAUGAACAGCGCCGCCCCCUCCGGCCCAGCAGAUCUGACGAAGACCACCGAUGACAUCACUGCCGCGCCGGUCAGGCUGCCUACUCUGAAACGCAAACGCUCGCUAACGAACUCCGAUGGGAAGGAAGACACGCCCACUUCUCUUCCAGUAACGAGCAGGGCCGCCCCCUCCGGCCCAGCAGAUCUUACGGAGAUCACCGAUGACAUCACUGCCGCGCCGGUCAAGCCGCCCGCUCUGAGACGCAAACGCUCGCUAACAGUCUCUGAUGUGAAGGGAGACACGCCCACUUCUCUUCCAGUGACGAGCAGCGCUACCCCCUCCGGCCCAGCAGAUCUGACCGAGACCACCGAUGACAUCACUGCCGCGCUGGUCAGUCCGCCCACUCUGAGACGCAAACGUUCGCAAACGAACUCUGAUGGGAAGGAAGACACGCCCACUUCUCUUCCUGUAACGAGCAGUGCCGCCCCCUCCGGCCCAGCAGAUCUGACGGAGACCACCGAUGACAUCACUGCCGCGGCGGUCAGUCCGCCCACUCUGAGAAGCAAACGCUCACUACCGAAUGCUGAGGUGAAGGAAGACACGCCCACUUCUCUUCCUGUAACGAGCAGCGCCGCCCCCUCCGGCCCAGCAGACCUGACCGAGACCACCGAUGACAUCACUGCUGCGGCGGUCAGUCCGCCCACUCUGAGAAGCAAACGCUCACUAACGAACUCUGAUGGGAAGGAAGACACGCCCACUUCUCUUCCCGUAACGAGCAGCGCCGCCCCCUCCGGCCCAGCAGAUCUGACCGAGACCACAGAUGACGUCACUGCCGCGGCGGUCAAGCCGCCCACUCUGAGACGCAAACGCUCGCUAACGAACUCUGACGGGAAGGAAGACACGCCCACUUCUCUUCCAGUGACGAGCAGCGCCGGCCCAGCAGGCUCAAAGAGGAAGCGGCUCCCGGAAGACCCGGAGAAGAGCGAGGUGAAGAAGAGGAGCGUGCCGGAUGAGGCCGAGCAGAGACGGGAUAACCCCGCGGAGACCAGGAGCGGCGUCCUGAAGCCGGAGCAGGGGACGCCCAGAGACCAGGAGAGGAGCAAGAUCCUGGCGGAGAAGAGGCAGAGCGUGCUGAAGUCCCUGCAGGGGUUGGUCACGUCCACCAGGGGCAAGACUCAGUCCGGCGGCGAACAGCAGGAGCCUCAGAAGCGGCCCGAGAGGAGCCGAGGCGUGCGGAGCGAGAACCGGCUGAGAGCGGCCGAGGGCGAGAGGAGAGAGCCGGAGCAGAGCCGAGGGCGAGAGCGCAGGAGCACUGAGCAGCAGAACUACACCAGCAGAGAGGAAGAGCACAACGCUUCUCUGUCCGUCACAGAUUCUUUGCUCUACCGGCUGCACGGUGACAUCAGAAUCUCAAUGACGCUCGACAAUCCAGAUGUGAGUAAGUGUCUCUCGGCCCUGGAUGAGUUGAGCACCGUCCCUGUCUCGUCUCGAAACAUCCAGAACCACAGCGAGCUCAUCGACACGCUCAGAAAGAUGCGCUGGUUUCGUGGCAGCGAGGCGAUCAUGUUUAAAGCGUCCAUGCUGUACCAUCGCUUCAAGAACAUCUACCUCAUCGGAGACGCGGACGAGACCCUGAGUCAGGAGUACAUCGACUCGCUGCAGGAGGAGAGAGAGCGGGGCGAGCGAGCAGUUAUCAGUCCGACGGCCGUCUGCGAAGACACUCAAACCACUGGACUCGUGCCUCACAGGAGCUGACCCGAGGAAUCGCCCGCCCACUGUUUUUAACCUUCUUAUUCCCGAGAGAGAGAGAGAGAGAGAGUUUUAUCGGACCGCCGUUGCAGUUAUUUAUUAGCGCUGAGAUGAAGAGUGUUUCGUCUCGUGUGAAUCACACGUCCCCCUCGCCGUCAGUGUUUCAGGAAAUCCUCUCGCUGCUGCUUUUAGAUCUUUUACUUCACGUGUCAUAGAUUAACCCGGUGGACGAGCGCCGUUCUGAGAGAGAGAGACACUAAUAAACGCGUGUCUAACUCGUCAGCUUUCACUUCUCACGGGGAUCUCUGAUCUGGUGAAAUCCUAAUGGUCCAGAUUUAUACGCCUUUCACAGAGCAUUAACACACACACACACACACACACAAAGACUUUCCCUGUGUCGACAUCCUCGUGACUCUACAGCGAGCGCUGGUCGAGCGAGAUCCGCCGGCGCCACUGAAGCGCUGUCUGAACAACGGCUCCAUCUGCUGGAGAGUUCAACACUUCUGUUCUGUUUGUACGGUGUGAAACGCAAGCAUUAAGAUGUUCAAUAGUGUGUGUGUGUGUGUGUGUGUACACACAAGGCAGCUAUACCAUCAUCAUCAUUAGUGUACAGUAACACUGGGCUUGUUCACACACACACACUGAUCUGGUCUGAAUCCGGUGCUAACGUGGCAGACGCUGCCUUUACCCCGUGUGUGUGUGUGUGUGUGUGUGUAAACAUGUAGCCGUCACACACACUCGCGCUCCUAGAUUUGUAUUAUAAAGCACUUGCAUGUGCUUCUUGUGUUGAUGUUACAGUCAGUAUGAUCUUGAUCACAUUAAACUGAUCUGCAAUA